UGUGUUUUUGUUCACAUUUCAUGUUGGUGUUGUGUUUUCUGAUUGAUUUAUGUGUUUAAUCCCAACUCUCCUCUGCUGUGCCAUUAAAGUUGAGCUUGUUCAGAGAUGAUCCACGUUUUUUCCUUGUGCGCUCAGUUUCUGACACUCGUUUGUCCUGCGGCACCUUAAGGCAGCACCGGUCCAUGAAAUAAAACGCCGCUUUUUUUCUGCACUUUUUUCCCACAAGUUUCACUCUUUAAACAGCUCACAGCUCCAGUCGGGCGGCGGCACAGACGCGGAGCCGCAGCUCAGACGGUCGGUCCGGACGGAUCCAGCGUCGUGCGUCUGUUUGUGCAUAAUUCAAAGCGCGCUGCGCAUCACGGAGCUUAUCGGGGUCUCGGUAUAAAUAAGGCCGCAGACGGGACAGCUCGGCCUGUCCUGAAGAGCUGAAGGUGUUCAGAGGUGAAACUCCUCCAUCAUGUCCUCACUGUGAGCCGCCUCACGGAUGGGACCACCGGAGAAAUCGCGCACGGCUCACGGUUCGGCUUCCAGCGAGGACGCACACUGAUGCUUCUGGAGACUUUUGGGUUCGGCUGGGCUCGACCUUAACAGGCUGCUGCUGCCUUUAUGGGACGGUGAAGGUGUCUUUGGUGUUUUUAUUUUUUAUUUUCCACCAACAUUCAGACUCCUGCCGCUCCAGUGGAGGCGCCGAGUCCUGCACCGGGAGCUUCUCGGUGUCCGACGGGGGGGAAGGCGAAGUGUGUUUGGGGUUUGAUUUUCUCCCGUGGUGUCUGUGUGGAGCGUGCCACACACCCACUCCACAACAACGACGGCUUUUGCUUGCAUCUUCCAGUGUUUCUUCUGUCAGCAAGUCCAGCAGAGCUGCAACUCUUCCAGUGCCAGCCCUGACACCAGCGAGGAGCCCUGCCCCACUGACAUGGUGAAGAUGACCAAAUCGAAGACCUUCCAGGCUUACCUGCCGACCUGCCAUCGCACCUACAGCUGCAUCCACUGCCGGGCACAUCUGGCCAAUCACGACGAGCUCAUCUCAAAGUCAUUUCAAGGCAGUCAAGGAAGAGCCUACCUGUUUAACUCAGUGGUGAAUGUCGGCUGCGGGCCAGCUGAGGAGCGGGUUCUCCUCACAGGUUUACAUGCUGUGGCUGAUAUCUACUGUGAAAACUGUAAAACCACCCUGGGCUGGAAAUAUGAGCACGCGUUUGAGAGCAGUCAAAAGUACAAAGAGGGAAAGUUCAUCAUCGAGCUGGCUCACAUGAUCAAGGAUAACGGAUGGGAGUGACGCUCCGCCCGCGCACCAUGUUUUUUUUUCUGACCUUGGAAUGCUCUUUAUUGAACUGCGUGGAGCGACAACCAUCGACCACCCCACCACCACCA